CGGAGUGGGCCACGGGGGCUGUCAGGUCUGUGACCCGGGAGGAAACGCUUCCCCCCUCGGGGCGGCAUCUGGCUCCGCCGCCCGGUUCAUGUCGGAGCGGGAACGCUGCGGGCGGCAUGGAGAGUUUGGGGCUGCAGGCCGUCACCCUCACCGACGGCUCCACCGCCUACAUCCAGCAGGCCCUCAAAGGAGAGAAGGUCCUGGAGGAGCAGGUGAUUGAGCUGGACGACGAGACCACCACGUACAUCCACCAAGUGACAGUCCAGAACGAGUUUCUCGCCUUCGAGGACGGUCAGCCUGUGCAGCUAGAGGAUGGCACCGUGGCCUACAUCCACCGAACCCCCAAAGAGGGCUUCGACCCAGGGGCCCUGGAGGCCGUCCAGCUGGAGGACGGCUCCACGGCCUACAUCCACCACCCCGGGCCGCCGCCACCCUUGGAGAGCCCAGGGCUGACCGUGCAGGUGGAGGCCGGCGCGCAGCUGGGGGAGCUGCCUGCGGAGGAGGAAGAGGAGGAGGACGAAGAGGAGGAGGAGGAGGAGGAGGAACCAGAGGGGGAGGCGGAGGAAGCCUCCUUCAGCGUGGACACAGUGGCCGCCCUGGAGCAGUAUGCCAGCAAGAGCUGCGACGGAGGGGAAGACAGCGUGCCCACCCACUUGAAGGCCGAAGUUUCCAGUGGCGUCGUACCCCAGUUCCUGCACAUCCGGCCACCGUCCCCCAUCGCCCGGGGACAGAGGGCCUUCUGCUGCGGGUAUAAGGGGUGCGGCCGCCUCUACACCACCGCCCAUCACCUCAAGGUCCACCUGCGAGCCCACACCGGGGACCGCCCCUACAGGUGUACUUUCCCCAGCUGCGGAAAGGCCUUCGCCACAGGCUAUGGACUGAAGAGCCACAUGCGGACGCACACCGGGGAGAAGCCGUACAAGUGCCCGGAAGAGCUCUGCAGCAAGGCCUUCAAGACGUCCGGGGACCUGCAGAAACACAUCCGCACGCACACCGGCGAGCGUCCGUUCCGCUGCCCGUUCGAGGGCUGCGGCCGCAGCUUCACCACGUCCAACAUCCGCAAGGUCCACGUGCGCACGCACACCGGCGAGCGGCCCUACCUGUGCCCGGAGCCCGGCUGCGCCCGGGGCUUCACCAGCGCCACCAACUACAAGAACCACAUGCGCAUCCACACAGGAGAGAAGCCCUACGUGUGCACCGUGCCGGGCUGCGGGAAGCGCUUCACCGAGUACUCCAGCCUGUACAAGCACCACGUGGUGCACACGCACUGCAAGCCCUACACCUGCAGCAGCUGCGGCAAGACGUACCGGCAGACGUCCACCCUGGCCAUGCACAAGCGCAGCGCCCACGGCGAGCUGGAGGCCACCGAGGAGAGUGAGCAGGCCCUGUAUGAGCAGCAGCUGGAGGGGGUGAAGGACGAGGGCAGCGUCCAGGCGCAGGUGGCCGUGGUGACGGAGUCCGUGGAGGGUCCCCAGGUGGCCUUGAUAACUCAGGACGGGGCGCAGCAGGUCGCCAUCAUCACCACCGGAGCCAUGGUGUCUGAGGAUUCAGCCGUGGCUUCUCUCCAUCAUCAACAAGUGGCUCUGCUGGCCACAGCCAACGGUACUCACAUAGCUGUGCAGCUGGAGGAGGCGCAGAGCUUGGAGGAAGCUUUAAGCGUGGCCGCGGCCGCCGACCAACAGGAGCCCGGGAGCCUGGAGACCGUGGCCGUGGCCGUGGCCGUGGCUGAGAACGGCUGCUGAGGCGCCUUGGCUGGGGCAGCGGGGCGCUGGGGGAGGGAGGCGCGGGGCCCGCCCGGCCCAGGAACCGGGAUCCCAGCGGAGCUCGCCACCGCCUCGGGCUGAAGUGGCCGGAGGGCGACCGAGGCCUCGGGGCGGCCCCUCCUCUGGCCGGGCCUCCACGUAGACUCUGGGCAAGACCCCUGGGGCUCUCCCGGCUGGAUGCCUCCCCCUGCCACCGCAGAACCGACCCGGAGAGCGGAGAGUCUCGCCCGAGCCCACGUGGCUUCGUUGAGUAAAGCUGCCCGCCCCCCUGGGCGUGGGCAUAGAGCAAUAACCACCUCCUGCCCCGGUCCUCGCCAGCAACGCCGGCGCAGGAAGCAGUUGGCACCUGGCCUCCCCAGGAGGUGGGGCCGGCACUGGGCAGACCCCCCCGGCUUCUGGGCCAGGGGCAAAAAUUCCAUUUUUGUAACUUUCCCCUGGGAUUGCAGGAGGGGUGGCGGAGC